UUUCGCUCUACGUACCACAACAAAGAUGGCGUCGUCCUCCGACGUCUCGGUGCGAAUAUGUUUGCAAGAAAUCAUCAAAUAUGAUUUAGAAGUCAAAGCUCUCAUUCAGGAUAUACGAGAAUGUGGCGGCCCGCACAGUGUGUUAACGCGGCUGAACGCUGAGGUGAAGCAGAAAUCAAAGCGUCUGAGACUGAGACUGGAGGAUUUGGAACAAAUGGCGAAAGAACAAGACAGAGAGACUGAUAAGAACAGUUUAAUGGCAGAAACAGAAAGUCAUCGCAAACAGAUGUUAAGUAAUCAGACCGCCUGGAGGAAAGCCAACUUGGCCUGCAAGCUGGCCAUCGAUAAUCUGGAAAAAGAUGAGCUACUACACGGUGGGGACUCAUCAGUAAGGCAAAGAAAGGUUACAAAGGAGAGCCUGGCAUCGACUUCCAGUGACAUCACUGAGAGCUUGAUGAGCAUCAGCCGAAUGAUGGCCCAACAGGUCAAGCAAAGUGAGGAAACCAUUGGAACGCUGGCUACAUCAUCAAGAUCAGUACUGGAAACAAAUGAAGAGUUUAAAGCAAUGACGGCCACCAUCCAUUUGGGACAGAAACUCAUCCUGAAGUACAAUCGGCGUGAACUCACAGACAAGCUGCUCAUCUUUCUUGCACUUGCUCUGUUUUUUUCAACUGUACUCUACAUCCUGAAAAAGAGACUCUUCCCUUUCAUUUAGAGCUAAAAUAUAUCAAGUGCCUUUUUUUGCGAUAUGCAAAUACUUAAAUUAUGGUACUGUGUGCAUGUGCUUAAACCUGAAAUUUUUCUCUUUUCUCCCUUUAAGCUUAAAUCUGGACCUGGGAGGAAAGUGUGUUCUAGUUGCCAGUUUUUCCAUCAUUUAAGUUUAACAUGCCGAUUGCAUCUCCUGAAUUAUAAUGCAGUGCCUAGCACACUUUUGUACUCAAUUUAAAUUGACUUCAUGCAAAUAAAACAAUGUGAGCAUUUCGGCAAAAAUCCAAAAAAGUUUAAAGGCAAUUAUGAAGUAACUGCAUGGUGCAUGUGCAGUUUAUUGCAUUGUGAGAUAUAGUCUUUAAAGACAUAUUUAUUGCACUUAGUAGGAGGCACAUUAAGUAAAACCCUGAUGCCUUUAAACCAGUGUAUAGAAGUGCCUUCUCUUGUUACAUUUCGAAGUGUUAAAACUUUAUUUGCUGAGCCAUAUUUAAGCCUAUGUAAACAGUUUACAGUUUUAUACAGUGUUAAUUGUGCCUAGCUUUUUUAAAGGAAGUAAAAAGAAACAUUCAAUUUGUAGUUACACUGCAUUGCGCCUGCUAGUCUUGGCUGAAAUUCUGGUAGUAUUUAUUAAAGAGGUGCUUUUAAUGUUAAUACCUUAUAGUGUUUCUCAGUCAGACCACUGGAGGGUGCUGUAGUGUUUUUCAUUUAAUUUUUACUAUUACUUUGUCAAUUACUGAGAACAGGUCACCCCCCUGUAAAAUUAGACAUAAUAGAGCACAGGUUUCCAACCCUCCCUCUUCAUCUGUCCUGCUUGAACACACCCACUUCGACUGUGUUAAUUAGUGAUUAGUCGCAUCAGAUUUGUAGCAGAGGGAAUUCCAAACCUUUUCUUCAGCACUGUGUUGCCACUCAGAAAUUGUUCUGAGCAUGGCGACUGGUUUCUCAAUUGUAUUCCUGUGGCAUCCUGUAAACUUGUAUUCAGGGAUAGUAUAGUUUAGAUGACUCCACUGUGACAAUGUUACCUUAUUUAGGAUAUUUAAUUCACUUUCAGUGACCUCAUGACUGUUUAAUAAACAUAAACUGAUUUUUA